AGCUCAUUCUUGCUAUCGUCCUAUCGUUGCGCUAUGCGCGUUUGUGCCAUGUGUGUGUUCAUUUAAGCUCCUACAAGUCGAAACUCUUGGCUAAGUCGUGACAAUGUCAUUAAAUUCAGCAAAUCGCGUCAUAUUUCUUUUGAGAGGGGCGUGUUCAAGGUAUAGAUCUUUCUCUUCCUCUUCGGUGGCCACCAAUGAAUUGCGUCUCACAAAUGAGGCCGUCAGAAAGAAGCGAGAUGCCUUGUUCACAGCUGAGAAGGAACGUCAAGCAGCUCUCAUCACGCGCGUGGAGAAAAUUGAAGUGCGAUACUUGGGUCCAAUGGAGGAUUGCACCCUUAUUAUGAACAAAGGAAUCUCUACGCCGCACGACUGUGCUAGACACAUCCAUGAAAGCCUAGUUCAGAGAGCAGCCAUUGCUGAGGUUGAUGGAGAACCAUGGGAUAUGAGUAGACCACUCGUACAGGAUUGCCAUCUUAGGCUAAACUUCUACAAAGACCCCAACCCCUACUUUGCAAACAAGGCUUUUUGGCGAACUGGCAGUUUCCUUCUUGGUUACGUAGUAGACCGUGCUUUCAAGGACCAAUUUUAUGUGCAACUGCACAGUUGGCCACAGCCCCAAGUGCGGUCUGGAAGCUUUGUGUACAAUGUGGACCUUGGCAUAGAAAACUGGGAACCUCGUCGAGAUGAAUUGGAUGUUCUGUCCGGGAUGGGCAGGAGACUUGCAACAAAGCCACACCAUUUUGAGAGGCUUGAGGUGGAUGCUUCAGUGGCACUUCAAAUGUUCGAAGACAACAAGUAUAAGGCAGAGCAGAUUCCUAGAAUAGCAGCAGCAUCACCCACUGGUAACACAGUCACAUUGUACCGUUUGCUGGACCAUGUGGACAUCAGUUCCGGACCCAUGGUUGGGUCUCUCGAUCACAUGAGCCGUUUCAAAGUUGUUGCGGUUUAUCCCAUGGACACAUCUAUAGGGGUGCUUUAUCGAUUCCAGGGCUUGGCCAUACCAAGUUCAUUUUCUAUAAGUGAAUUUGCAUAUAAUGUCUGCUGUGAACGUGCACAAAGAAUGAAUUACACAGGUCUUCCACGGACUGAAUCUGAAGCUGGUGAAGAACCCACUGAAGACAAUGCGCACUUUGAAGACAUGAGUGCUGAAGAUGAACAUGUCAAAAGUGAAACUGCAAGCGACAGUGUCACUGCUGCCUGCAAAGACUCUGCACCUGCAGCAUCUAAUCGUACUUCUUCUACCUGAGAAGUCAGGAGCAUUUGUAGUUAUGCCAUGAUAAAAGAGUAAUACUGCUGGA